UGUAACCACGUGAAUCACUCCGUCUGAGCUCGGCCAUAUUGUGAGGGAAGGGAGAAAGACUUUUCUUGUUUACUUGUUUAUUCUUCAUUUUGGUUCACAUUUAUUUGAAAGGAAAACAGUGAAUUUUGAAACAAAAAUGGCUACCGAAUUAGAAAACAUAAAGCAUUCCAGUGGAAACUAUCUGAAAGGAAGUCUAUUCAGUGAAAUUAACCGGCAGCUUGGUAUUCUUCCUGGAUUUGCUGGAUUAGGGCAAGAUAUGACAAAAUUAGACCAAGAAACACAGACUCCUGGCAGUACCACACCGAUGGAUAAAGUCCGACAGACGGCAGAGGUGAUAGCUUCUGAUGUUAUUGCCACAUUUGAAGAUGAUUCGACCAAAACUCCACAAAACAGAUACUGUAAAACAAUGAGAAGAACUGUAAAAGAAAUGUCCGACCGACAUAAUAUCGCUUUUAAAUCUAUGGUGCAGAAAUUGAAUGUGAAUGACACUAAUGCCUUCUCAACAUUCGUAUCAGUUGCGGAUGAGAUUUUUGAGGACGGGACAAUUAAUUGGGGGAGAAUCGUUGCUGUCUACACUUUUGCUUCACGAUUGGCAGCCCAUUGUAAAAAACAUAACCCCGAAUCAGAAGAAAGGAUAGCACUCUAUGCAGGAAAAUAUGUGGCAAGCAAAUUGGGGAAAUGGAUCUUGGAUAAUGGGGGAUGGGAUGCGUUUUCUGAUUAUUUUCCCGAGCAAGGAGCAACAGAGGACAAGCUUUGGAAGGGCCUGAUGUUCACUGCAGUAGGUCUCGUGACAUUGGGAACCAUGGUUGCUAGGAGUUGAACCUUCGACACAAAUUGAAAAUGUUCAGGGAUUUUCGACAUCUAGUCAACCGAUUAUCUCUUACCCAUCCUCCCCAAGGAUGAGAAUACUGUCCCGAGUCUUGGAGAUGAACAAUCUUAUAUUGAAGGACACUUGAUAUUUAAUGAUUUUUGUCUAAUGGUUGUUCCUGUAAAUGAUUUAAAUCCAUAUUUUGAAAUUCUCUACUCAACAACAAUUUGGUUAAUUGUAUAGAAUUUUAAAUGGACAAGUGUUGUCAGCACUUAACAGACUCUUUUGUGGAUUAUUUAUAAACAUCUAGAAGUAUGAGAACCAAAGUUAACAUGUAAAUGAUUUUAUGUUAGUGAUUGGUUUUAGUCCAAACUAAUUUGAUGUAUGCCUGUUAAUAGACCAUUUAAUAUGAUGUGAUUGAAAGGUUUAUCUACAAAAAAAAAAAAUUUAGGUUUUUAUGGAGUUAAAAUUUAGAUUUAAAGAGAAUUUGAAAACGUAGAGGAGCCUCUCAGUAUAUCAUAUUAGUGGUUGAAAUGGCAUUGAGAAAUAGUGCUAUUCUUCCAACGUUGGGAUUUUUAAGACUUGUAUAUUAAUGAUGUGUAUUUUAUACAAAGAGCAGCAUCUUUUACAUAAUGGCAGGUUUAAGUACCUUUGUACAAUGUGACGUUUAAAAGAGAAUGUUAUUGUUAAUUGUCAAAUGAUGGAAACCAGCAAAAUAAAAAUGAUCUCUCGAUUGUAAACAAGCCGUAACAGUAUGUAUGCAUGAGUCUCUCUUUUGUUUGUUUUGAACUGAACGAUAAACAGCUGAAAUGAUUGAGCACUUUAACAUGUUUAAGCUGUUUUUAUUUUAAUGUCUUUCAAGAAGAUUGAACUGUAAUAUCAGAACAUGAACUUAAAUUCAAAAAAAUAUUCAGACCAGAAAUGUUGUUUUUUGUUGAUGCUGUACAAUGUUCAAAAGCAUCUUAUUUUGUGCAAUAGAUAUUUUGUAAAUCCAAAUAAAUUUUGAAAACUUUU